AUGGAUUUUUCCCCACCUACGUUGAAUAUGAAUUACAGGUUAGUUCCUGCACUACAGGUGGACCUAUGGCAGCCCAGCAGCAUCUCCUAUGUUUCGGAAGGAACGAUUACAGAUGUCCAUAUUCCCCAAAAUGGCUCUCAAACCCUGUUAGCCUUCUUACAACAAGCCAACAUCCAGUACACGGUUCUAAUAGCAGAUCUCCAAAAAGCAUUGGAAAAAGGAAACAGUUUGAGGGCUCAGCGGAAUCGUAGAUCACUUCCAGGAUACAGUUAUGAAGUUUAUCACUCUUUAGAAGAAAUUCAAAAUUGGAUGCAUCAUUUAAAUAAAACCCACCCAGGCCUUGUUCACAUGUUUUCUAUUGGAAAAUCAUAUGAAGGAAGAUCUCUUUUUAUAUUAAAGCUGGGCAGAAGAUCUCGGGCUUAUAAAAGAGCUAUUUGGAUAGAUUGUGGUAUUCAUGCAAGAGAAUGGAUUGGUCCUGCCUUCUGUCAAUGGUUUGUAAAAGAAGCUCUUCAGACAUAUCGGAGUGAUCCUGCCAUGAGGAAAAUGUUAAAUCAUCUCUAUUUCUACAUCAUGCCUGUCUUUAAUGUUGAUGGAUACCAUUUUAGCUGGACUAAUGAUCGAUUUUGGAGGAAAACAAGAUCAAGAAACUCAAGGUUCCGUUGCCGUGGAGUGGAUGCUAAUCGUAAUUGGAAGGUGAACUGGUGUGAUGAAGGGGCUUCCUUUCACCCUUGUGACGAUACAUACUGUGGGCCUUUUCCUGAAUCUGAGCCAGAGGUGAAGGCUGUAGCUCACUUUCUCCGAAAACGCAGGAAGCACAUCAGAGCCUACCUCUCCUUCCAUGCUUAUGCACAGAUGUUGCUCUACCCCUACUCUUAUAAAUAUGCAAAAAUUCCCAAUUUCAGCUGUGUUGAAUCUGCAGCUUAUAAUGCUGUUAUUGCUAUUCAUUCAGCAUAUGGGGUUCGCUAUAGACAUGGACCUGCAUCAAGCACAUUGUAUGUGAGCUCUGGCAGCUCAAUGGAUUGGGCUUACAAAAAUGGAAUACCCUAUGCAUUUGCAUUCGAACUGCGUGACACUGGGCAUUUCGGAUUUUUGCUCCCAGAGUCUCUAAUCAAGCCAACAUGUACAGAGACAAUGCUGGCAGUGAAGAAUAUCACAAUGCAUCUGCUAAAGAAGUGUCAUUGAGAGAUGUCACUAAGGGCCAGAUCUCAGUGAGAGCGAACACAUCACCCUUGUCAGGACUAUUCUCAGCAAGGGCCUUGCUUUGCUUUUUCAAAACUGUUUGCAAUUGACUGGUGGUUUUGUUGUUUAUUUGUUUGCUUGUUUUAAAAUAGACACAUACCCUGCUUAACAUGAAUUCCCAUGAAAAUAUAUCUGUUCAUUAAUUUUAAAAGUUGUUUAUCAAGUUUCUCAGCUCCCCUGAAAUGGGAAAUAAGCUAAGAAUUUGGCCCUAAUAUCAGAUCCUCAAUUAGGAGCCACAUUGUCAUCCAGUUUACUUUAAAAGAAAACAUUAUCUCUGAGGCCAGAUUUUAUAAAGGAGAAAAAAAAGAAAGCUCAUCUUGUCUUCUCUUAGUUUCAAGGCAGCUCGUAACAUAUUUAGCAAUAAUUAAUCUUUAAUAAAUCUUGUACUCCCAUUUGAGACCAAUGCUACCUGUUCAGCUAUGUUUUUAAUCAUUUACUACUGGGUUUUUUUUUUAAGUGUAACUCAGCUUCCCCAGUCUUGGGAAACAGCCAGUUUACAGAAGAAUGUAAACUUCUGACCUGAAACUGACCUGUAAAGGACUGGGACCAACUAUAAUUCAUUUUUAUUUUUAAAUUAAAAGUUUUACUAAACAUUUAACAUUGAAUGUCCAUGCACCUAAAUCUGUUUAGCAAUUAUUGAUACCUGUAUCAAUUCAUUUCAAUGCAAAAAGUUACUCCCUCUUAGUCCCUAUGAAUAUUCCUUUUUUAUUCAUUCUUAUUCACUUUUGUUUCAUACAUAUAGCCUAGAAUAUACACUAUUCUCUUGACUGUUUUUUUGCUUUAUGUUACUUCAUAAAGCUCUUUCCAAAUUUCUUUAUAUUUCUUAUCAUUAUCGGUCUUAAUUAGAAUAUUUCUUUCAUUAAUAUACCAUAAUUUAUUUAGCCAUUCCACUAUUGUUAACUGACUGCCCUAUUGUUCCAUACACCAUUACUAUAACUUUCAAAACACCCUUUCCUAGUCAUUUCUCCAAAACACAAUAUUGCCUCCCCUAAUUAGAAUUUAGAUUCCUUGAGAAUGGGGAGAGGGAGGUUCUGUUUUGCUUUUGUAUUUUUUAUCCCCAGUGCUUAGCACAGUGUCUACAACAUAGCAACUGCUUUAAAAAUGUUGUUUAUUCUUUCAUAAUCAUCCAGUAUUUAUAUUGCUCUAGUUUUUUGCACAUCAGAUAUAAGAUAUCCAAAAGAGCAAAAUGAAGGAAUUAUCAUGUCAUCUGUCUGUGGAGACACAGAAAAUAAUCUUAAAUACAAAGACACAGAGGAUGAGUAAGAUGAUGAGGACCACAAGUAUGACUAAAGAAUUAACUUCAUAGUCCACAGUGGACUGCCUACAUAUUGGUAUAGUGGAUGCCUGGAGUCAAGAAGCUUUAUUUCUUGAGUUCAAAUCUGUCCCUAAUCAUUUACUAGUGUUUGGACAACUCACUUAACCCUGUUGGCCUCAGUUU